AUGUUAGGGUUCCGUGCCAAGAAGCUCGUCGCCUCCGUAGUCUCCAAGAGGUACUAUUCCUAUCCCCCGCCGCCGCGCAAGAAGCGCAAUCCUCCGCCGGCAUUCUUCGAUGCCAGGGCCGUCGCACAGAUCGAUUCGUGCCCGGUGACCAGCGCAGCCCGGAUUCGUGCCACUCUUCUCCUCACCUAUCACUGGAUUUGGAGCUUCCAGCAGCACAGCGACAAGAAGCAUCAUUGCUUGGGCGGGCUCUUGAGAAAUCCCGACCUCUGGAUCUGCGCCUACCAGAGGGCCUGCUACAACAACAAGCUAUGGAGUCCCGUGAGCUCUCUCCCUCCCAAAACUCUGGAAACGCUGGAGCUUCUCAUGGAAGCGGUGUGUGCGAAUUGCUAUGGCUGGGGUGGGACGAAGGUUGUGUACGUUUGUCCUCCACACAAGACGGCUAUAGAGGCCACGGAGGUGGACGAGAAGAGCUUCCAGGACGAGAUCGUCCAGGAGGUUCUACUCAUGGUUUUGGAACAGAUGGGAUGCUCUAGAGUAACCUGCAAGCAUGAAGCUGCCCUGCCGCCGGGAAGGGGUGCUCGCGAGUGCCUGCGAUUCAUCCACGGCAACUUUGGUGAUGUCUCGUGGACUGUGAAAGGAGAUCUCUCCAAGCUCUUCGAUUAUCCACAGGCCGAGCUCUUCAACCGGGUUCUACGCAAUGUGAUCCAGGACGACAAAGUUGGCGAGCUGAUCAUCAAGGGGAUGAAGACACGAGCUCCUCCGGCCGUGCUUCCGUUUAAGAGAUUGAAGCCGACAAAGAGGAAGUUCCUGGAGUUUGAGCCGAGAAGGACUCCGUUGUGGCUGGAGGUGGUUCUGGGAUUUGCUCCGGCAGAGGCUCAAAGAACUCCCGACUGGGGAUGCUGCAACAAGCUGGGUCCGUUUCUGGCCAACGUUUAUCUAAGCGAGCUCGACGCCUGGAUGGAAAAGCAGGCCGAGCUGUUCCGUCGGCCUCACGAUCCGUCCAUCGGUGUAAGCUUUAGCACCGACGAGCAGGAGAAGCCAAACAAUGCUAGGAAAAUGGAGUACGUCCGCUUUGGAGCUCACUUCCUUAUCUCGGUCAGAGGCACAAGAGACGACGUUUUGAGCUUCGAGGAGAAGUGUAGAGUCUUCUGCAAGCAAAAGUAUCAUCGCGAGCCGGAGUUUGGAGCACCUGAGGCGAUCUCAACGCCGACGCUGUUCCUCGGCCACCAUUUUUUCCAGACCAAGAAGUUGAAAACGAAGUGGGAGCCGUCCUCAAACAAGAGAGGAACGGUUUCGAAAGUGGAGAAGACCGUCUUCUGCGUGGACGGCGCUGUGGGGCACGCCGUCCAGAGCUUGAAGCGAGUAGGCAUUCUCGACGACAAAGACAACACGCUUCCAUGCAUGCGGCUCUUUCACGAGAACCAGGUUCACAACAAUGCUCACGUCAACAAGAUCUUGCGAGCGCUGGCCGACUUGUACCAGCACUCGACAAACCGAGCGGAGAUGUGCGAGCUCAUCGGGUACUUGUUUCGAUCGUCGCUGGCGAAGAUGUAUGCUGCGAAGUACAAGCUCCGGACGCAGAUCCGGGUGGCCAAGUCCGCGUCCUUGGAUCUUUGCAAGCCACUCAAGGAUCCUCAAAAGGCCGGAGGAGGAGCACAGACGGAGGCGGUGCCGGAGCCACUGGAGCUUGUUUACAGCGUUCCAGAAGCUCUUGUGGCACCCAUAGCUCACGACUGGAAGCCGCUACACGAGAAAACUCUGAGAAGUGUAGCCAGGCUGCUCCGUCCGGAGGGACUCCAGGACGGACUAGUUGUGCUGGCCAAGGAACUUGGAACUUGCUGGAAGCUAGUCGAUGACUAG